UAGCUUGUUUAAUUGACCAAUCACAGUGAAGUUUAGGUGGGGGAGAAGGAGGAGGUUGACAUUCUUGACAGUUCCAUUUGCAUUUCAGCUCGAAAGUUGAAGUAGUUAACAAGUAAUUUUUACACUGACUCCAUUAGUUUCUGAAGUUACUUAGCCUGCAUUGAAUUUUUGUUAUUAGAAGUUUCCUUUGUGAAGUGGUUUAUUGUAAGUUUGUAGGUAAAUCGCAAGCAAUAUGAGUAGAAUGUGCGAAUCAGGCAUCGGCAGUGCAGAAAUGUCUCGAGAAAGUUUCAUUGAGAGGGAAAAUGUUGGAGUAGACCCCGCACAACUUACACAAGCUCUGCAGCGGGUCAUCGAUGGACGCAGGAAUAACUCAGCACUGCAGAGGGAUUCAUCUGCAUCCGAUGUCGAAUCCGAGGACCAACGAAGUGUCGAAGAGUUGGAGGAGAAUGACCAAGGAACAGCAGAGGCCAGCGACUCAAGUAGCAUUGACACAAGUAGCAUUGACACGAGUAGCAUUGACACAAGUAGCAUUGGCACAAGUAACAACGGCAAUUGGCGUCUCUACACCGUUAUCACAAUAAACCCGAAACAGAGAGAGCAACGCAACAACCGACCCCCGCCACACCAAGGUAGCGAGACUUCGUUGAUGAUGGCAUUUGCUAUGAUUGUCAUCUUCGUUUUGAUUCUGCACUUCAUCCCCUUAUGAACCGCAAACCGUACAGAUGCACUUUGCGUGAGGUUGUCUACAAGCCAAAUGAUCAACUUCAUGUCUUUCACAGAUUGGCUUUAGUGGUGGGGCUACGAGGUACGCUGAGGGCUAUAAUUACCAACUAUUACAUACAAUGAAAAAUAAGUCAUGGUUUCACUAAUGAAUAAUUCAAUUGGAUUCUUGGAUAACAAAUGUAAUUGAAAUAAAAAAUAAUGUAAUACCCUA